AUGAAUAUUCAUAUCCGUCGUUAUUUAUUUCGUUUUAUUCUUUUCAUACCUGUCGCUUGGCUUUUAAUCAUUCUUAUAUUUUUGCAAUCCGAUGAAAUUUCUACAAAAUCAUCUGAUAACACUAAAUUGAAAGAACAAAAAAACGGCAAUUAUCGCAUAGGACGCGAUGCAGAUGAAGCGGACGCUUUCGGUGGCGAUGCAUUAGCACGAUUGCGUGAUCAUUUAGUACCAGUACACAACAAAUCUAAUUCUGGUGAAUCGUCAAGUGUAGUGCGAGUUAUCCAUGAAAAGCCUGAACAAGUAGCAGCACCACAAUUAGAAAAUCCUAAACAAGAUCUCAAUGGGCCAGGAGAAAUGGGUAAACCAUUCGAAGUCAACAAAGAUAAAUUAACACCCGAUGAACGUAAAAAAUAUGAAGAUGGCUUUCAAAAGAACGCUUUCAAUGGUUAUGUUAGUGAUCUAAUAUCUAUCCAUCGAAGUUUACCCGAUGUGCGGGAUCCAGGUUGCCGAAAACUUUCGUAUAAAGGUUUGCAAGCCACUGCAAGUAUAGUCAUGUGUUUCCACAAUGAAGCUUGGUCGGUAUUAUUGAGAUCUAUACAUUCGAUUCUCGAUCGAACUCCUGAACAUUUACUAAAAGAAAUCAUAUUGGUUGAUGAUUUUUCUGACAUGGAACAUCUAAAAAAACCUUUCGAUGAUUAUAUUAAACCUCUUGGCAAAGUCUUCGUCGUUCGACAAUCAAAACGUGAAGGUCUUAUUCGAUCACGGUUAGCCGGUGCUGCUGUAGUCAAGGGUGAUGUGAUUGUUUUUCUUGAUUCACAUAUCGAAGCUACUGAAGGUUGGCUUGAACCAUUAAUUGAACCCAUUGCUGCCAAUCGUACAACAGUUGUCACGCCUGUUAUCGAUGUCAUUGAUGAUACUACAUUUAAAUAUAAUUAUGGUGCUGUAACUUCACUGAGUGUUGGUGGAUUUGAUUGGAAUUUACAAUUCAACUGGCAUGGUGUGCCAGAACGUGAACGCAAAAGAAGAAAACAUGAGCUUGAACCUGUACGGACACCGACUAUGGCUGGAGGACUUUUCGCUAUUAGUAAAAUUUAUUUUGAAGAACUUGGAACAUAUGAUGCUGGAAUGGAUAUUUGGGGCGGAGAAAAUCUUGAAAUGUCAUUUCGAAUAUGGAUGUGUGGUGGUACACUAGUCACUGCACCAUGUUCACAUGUUGGUCAUAUAUUCCGGAAACGUUCACCAUAUAAAUGGUUACCGGGUGUCAAUGUUGUGAAGAAGAACGCCGUUCGUGUCGCCGAAGUUUGGCUCGAUGAAUACAAAAAAUAUUACUACGAAAGAUUCAAUUAUGAUUUAGGAGAAUAUGGUGACGUCUCCUCUCGGAAGUUACUUCGACAAAAAUUACAGUGUAAAUCUUUUAAAUGGUAUUUAACGGAAAUUUAUCCAGAACAAUUCAUUCCUGGUGAUGCAGUCGCUUCGGGCGAGAUUCGAAAUGCUGGAGCUGCUUUUUGUGUUGAUGGAAGUACUGAUCAUAAGAACUACCACAAGCCAGUCAUCGGCUAUCCUUGCCAUUCUCAAGGUGGCAAUCAGUUUUUCAUGUUGAGUAAACUCGGCGAAAUUCGUCGAGAUGAUGGUUGUUUGGAUUUCUCGGGCGGUAUUAAUGAUGCGAAUAAAGAUGACAAAAUCAUUGUAUAUCCUUGUCAUGGAAUGAAAGGAAAUCAGCAUUGGGUUUACAAAGAGAACAACCAAAUACAUCAUCCAGUAUCCAAUCUAUGCAUGACAUUAUCUGAAGAUAGUAAACACAUUCGAAUGAGUCAGUGCGAUGAUAACAAUUCCCGAUUCAAAUGGUCAUGGAAACGCAAGCCAUUGAACGAAACAAACAAAACUGAAUGA